CGGUGCAGCCCUAACCCCGCGCCACACGAACAGAAUUCCACAACGUAUCAUGGGUUGGGCUCGCACGGUCGCACCGCACCACCAUCACCGCCGCCGCCGACGACGACGCGGCGUCUGGUGGUCCGCCCUAUUUAGGCACCGUCCUCUCGCGCCCCCCUGCCCUGGUGGCCCGCCCCGUGCCGAGCCAACGCGCGCGCGGCGAAGCGAAGCGCAGCAUGGGCAUGGCACUCCUCUUGACGCUGCUUCUCUGCUCCGGUCUCGGAUUCUUGCCCCCCGCCGCCGCCGCCGCCGCCGCGGUGGGCGGGAGCUACGUCACCGUAUCCACCUCCAGCUUCGCGGUGAGCUCCACCUGCGUCGACGAUUCCCCCGGACGAGCUGCGUCGCCGCGGAACGGGACGUCGGCGGUGCUGCGGCUGGCGCACCGGCACGGGCCGUGCGGCCCGGCGAAGGCGUCGGCGCUGGGGGCGCCGUCGCUCCUCGACACGCUGCGCACGGACCAGCGGCGCGCGGAGUACAUACAGAGGAGGGUGUCGGGGGCCGCCGCCGCGGGGGCGGGGCUGCAGCUGGCGGGAUCCAAGUCAGCGACGGUGCCGGCUAACUUGGGGUUCUCCAUCGGCACGCUGCAGUACGUGGUGACGAUGAGCCUGGGCACGCCGGCGGUGACGCAGACGAUGGAGGUGGACACCGGCAGCGACGUGUCGUGGGUGCAGUGCAAGCCGUGCCCCUCGCCGCCGUGCUACAGCCAGAAGGACCCGCUCUUCGACCCCACCCGGUCGUCGUCCUACUCCGCCGUGCCGUGCGGCGGCCCGGCGUGCUCGCAGCUGGGGCUAUACUCGAGCGCCUGCUCCGGGGGCCAGUGCGGCUACGUGGUCAGCUACGGCGACGGGUCCACGACCACCGGCGUGUACAGCUCCGACACGCUGACGAUGACGGGGUCGGACGCGCUCAAGGGGUUCCUCUUCGGCUGCGGCCACGCGCAGCAGGGGCUCUUCGCCGGCGUCGAUGGUCUUCUCGGCCUCGGCCGGCAGGGCCAGUCCCUGGUGUCGCAGGCGUCGAGCACCUACGGGGGAGUCUUCUCCUACUGCCUGCCGCCGACGCAGAACUCCAUGGGGUACCUGACGCUGGGCGCGCCGAGCAGCACAUCGGGCUUCUCCACGACGCCGCUGCUGACGGCGUCGAACGACCCCACAUACUACAUAGUGAUGCUCGCCGGCAUCAGCGUCGGCGGGCAGCAGCUGGGCAUCGACGUGUCGGUGUUCGCGUCGGGCGCGGUGGUGGACACGGGCACGGUGGUCACGCGGCUGCCGCCCACGGCGUACUCGGCGCUCCGGUCCGCGUUCCGCGCCGCCAUGGCCCCCUACGGCUACCCGUCCGCGCCGGCGACGGGGAUCCUCGACACCUGCUACGACUUCACCCGGUACGGCACCGUGACGCUGCCGACGAUAUCGAUCACAUUCGGCGGCGGCGCGGCCAUGGACCUCGGCCCGUCGGGGAUCCUCACCAGCGGGUGCCUGGCGUUCGCCCCCACCGGCGGCGACAGCCAGCCGUCCAUCCUCGGGAACGUGCAGCAGCGCUCGUUCGAGGUGCGCUUCGACGGCAGCACCGUCGGCUUCAUGCCCAGCUCCUGCUGAUCAAUCCAUCCUAACCACUCACCAGUACGCAUUAUACGCUACAGUAUUCUAUACGUGCGUACAGGGCGUAUAGGUAUAUAGAUAUACGAUACCAUGUACUGUACGUACGCGAGAAUGAUAGGCGCAUACAUAACGUAACACCUAGAGUAUAUACACGAAUACAAAAUGGUGUAAAGCCUUUGUGGAUAUACGAUUUUUUAGAGUAACAAUAAAUAAAUUAAUUAAACGGGAUAA